CAAAUAAAUAGCGCGUUAAAAAUAUGAUACGAUAAAAUAUUUAGGAAUAUAUAUAGUUUUGAUGUUAGAAAAGAGAAUCUAUUUGACUAUAAGAUAAAAAUAUAAAAUUCAGUCUCAUGAGUAAUAACAAGCAAGGAUUUAUUGCUGUACAUGUUGGUGCUGGACAGCAUUCAGCAUCGCUCAAAGAGAAAUACCAAAAGCUGUGUCGUGAUGCAUGCAAAGCAGGAGCUCAAAGUUUGAAAGCUAAUGGCAGUGCGUUAGAUGCAGUAGUCAAAACAGUAGUGAUAUUGGAAGAUUCUCCUCUGACAAAUGCUGGGUUUGGAUCAAAUCUUACAUUGAAUGGAACAGUAGAAUGUGACGCGAGUGUAAUGGAUGGUAGUAGCUUGCAAUAUGGUGCAGUUGGUGCGGUUAGCGAUAAAAAUCCUAUUUUGUUAGCAAAGCGUUUAUGCGAACAACAAUCCAUUAAGUUUGCUUAUGGGAGAAUCCCUCCUAGUUUUCUAGUUGGAAAUGGGGCUCACAUUUGGGCGCAUGAAAUGGGCAUACAAAUCUUACCACCAGAACAAUUGAUAUCAGUGAGAGCCCAGAAGAUAUAUAAGCAUUAUAAAAGAAAAGUGGAAGGCUGCAGUGCAGAAGUUAUGAAAUGUGCUAAGAAAAGGAUGGAUACAGUUGGUGCAAUAUGUGUUGAUAAUAGUGGAAAUAUCGCUGCAGCUUGCUCAAGUGGCGGUAUAAUCUUAAAAUAUCCUGGAAGAGUUGGACAGGCUGGAGUAUGGGGCUGUGGUACUUGGGCUUGCAAAGAUGCUUCCUAUUCGGUAGGCACUAGUACUUCAGGUUGCGGGGAGCAUCUUGUACGCACCUCAUUAGCACGUACAGUUGCAGAAGCAAUUUCAGAUACAUCUUGUCCAACUACGAGUUUGCAUCGAGCAAUGAAUACUGAUUUUAUCGAUUCGAAAUUUCUCUGUGGUCUUGAACAAAAACUUGGUGGCGUCAUUGCUAUAAGAUAUUCCUCACAAGAAGGAUUAGGUGAUUUUCUCUGGAGCCAUUCCACAAAUUCUAUGAUAAUAGGUUACAUGAAUACAUGCGAACAGGCGCCAAUGAGUUACAUGUCAGCCUUGCCAUCACAUGAAGUAGGCAAGAAAGCUAUCGUCGAAGGUGUCUGCUUCAAAAUGACAGGAAAUAUCUCUGAGAAUAAUCAUCUCCAAUAAUCUUUUGUAAAAAGUUGUUUAUAACUUUGACAAGUUUUUAUAUACAAAUUUUUAUAUAAAACCAUAUUAAUUUCAUGAAGUACAUAAAUGCUGCCAAGUUGAAUAAUUUUUCACAAUCACAAUUUUUUACAACAUAUUUUUCCUAAAUGUUAUAUUGUUAAUUUAUAUAAAUACAAUGAUUAAUGAUUAUUGUUAAUGUGUGUAAAUAUAAAGACUUCUAAUAACAGUUUGAAAUAA